AUGGACUCGUCUUCGAGUCGCCCGGCCUCGCGUCGGCGACCGCGCACUCCCGCUAUUACCGUCGAUACCUCGGCCGUCAACCCUGAUCGAGAACAACCGCCAAUAGACCGGUCAUCCUCCCCGAAGUCGCCUGCCUUGGAUGAUAACAACACCCUCGCCGUUCCCACAAGGACAUCACGCGCCCCAUCAGCCUCUUCUACCGCCAGCUUCGAUGCCGCCGACGCGCUCCGAAAGCAUUCGAGUGCCCGUGCUGGCAACGUGACAGGCACCGCGAAGAGUGGCCCAUCCGACCCUCUGCUUCCCGACCCCGGCGAGGAGGAGCUCUUCAAUGUUGCCAACAACCCCUUUGCCUUCUCCCCGUGCCAUCUCUCCAAACUUGUCGACCCAAAGAGCAUCGACGCUCUUGCCGCUCUCGGCGGGCUUGCGGGGCUUGAGAAGGGCCUGAGGACGGACAGGAAAGCUGGUCUCAGCAUCGACGAGAUUGAAAUCCCGAAACCCAUCACAUUCGAAGAAGCCACCGCUGCCGCACCCGAUUCCCAGUCGUCCACCAACAACUCCGACUCACCCGAUGCCGCAACGCUUGCCGACCGAGUCGAAGACGGCGACCGCCCAGACUCCCCCAAUGGCAAGGGCUCCAGCCUCCCCUUUACCGACCGCAAGCGAGUAUACGGGACGAACUCACUCCCGGAGAGGAAGUCGAAGUCUCUCCUUGAACUGGCGUGGAUUGCUCUUCAGGAUCGCGUCCUGAUCUUGCUCAGUGUUGCCGCCGUCGUGUCGCUGGCCUUGGGCUUGUACCAAACCUUUGGUCAUUCCGAGCACGAGGGUGCCAGGAUCGAGUGGGUCGAGGGCGUGGCCAUCGUCGUGGCCAUCCUUAUCGUCGUCACCGUGAGCGCAUUGAACGACUAUCAAAAGGAGCGCCAGUUUCGAAAGUUGAACAAGAAAAAGGAGGACCGCCUCGUCAAGGUUAUUCGGUCAGGCAAGCCCUGUAGCAUCUCCAUUCACCAUCUACUCGCGGGAGACGUCAUGCUGUUGGAAGCAGGAGAUAUCAUUCCCGUCGACGGCGUCUACAUCGGCGGGCACAAUGUCAGCUGCGACGAGUCGUCGGCCACCGGCGAGUCGGAUCUCAUCAGGAAGGUGCCCGCCGAGGAGGCGCUAAGCACCCUGCGUGAUGGGAACCGAAAUCUGCAGAGGCUCGACCCGUUUCUCAUCUCCGGCGCCCGAGUAUUGGACGGCGUUGGAACGUUCCUCGUCACGGCCGUGGGCGAGCAUUCGAGUUACGGCAGAACCAUGAUGGCCUUACGCGACGAUCCAGGACUGACACCGCUGCAGCUAAAGCUCAAUAUCCUUGCUGGAUACAUUGCCAAACUCGGCAGCGCUGCUGGUCUCAUCCUUCUCGCUACUCUUACGAUUGAAUUUCUUGCUCGGCUUCCUAGCAACCCCGGCACGCCAGAUGAGAAGGGACAGAAUUUCCUACAGAUCCUCAUCGUCGCUAUCACGAUUGUGGUCGUCGCCGUUCCUGAAGGGUUACCUCUUGCCGUCACUCUAUCCCUUGCGUACGCGACGAAACGCAUGACCAAGGAGAACAACCUUGUGCGCCACCUGCAAUCUUGCGAGACCAUGGGUAAUGCGACCGUCAUCUGCUCAGACAAGACGGGCACUUUGACGGAGAACGUCAUGACUGUGGUCGCCGGAGCCCUGGGCACGGGAAGUGUCCGCUUCGGCGAGCAUGAUGUGUCUGAGGCGUCGGACGACGAAGCGGCCGAGCCACCGACCCCGAGCAAGAUUUCCGUCAUGGACGACGCGAAACCCUCCGACACGGCGUCUCCCGUCUCUCCCGCUGUUGCGUACUUCGCCACCGGUAAACUGUCGACUGGACUGGCCGCGGAAUUCCGUGAGCUCGUGAAGCAGUCGGUCGCCAUGAACAGCACUGCAUUCGAAGCUGAGGAGAAGGGGAAACACGUUUUCGUCGGCACAAAGACCGAGUCGGCGCUUCUCGAUUGGGUUCGCCGGUGUUUCGCACUCGGCCCCAUUGCCGAAGAACGCGCCAGCCACCCCACGCAGCAGUUUUCUCCCUUCAGCUCGAAGCGGAAGUGCAUGGGUAUCGUCAUUCGGUUGCCGAACAAUAAGUGGCGUUUCUUUGUCAAGGGCGCGCCGGAGAUUCUCCUGGCCCAGUGCAACUCGGCCGUCGCGGAUCCCACCCAGUCGCUGGCACUGGCCAGACUCGGAGACGGCGAGAAAGACGAGAUUCACAACAUCAUCACGAUGUAUGCUAGGCAAUCGCUUCGGACGCUAGCCCUGGCGUACCGCGACUUCGACAGCUGGCCGCCCCCGAACGUCCGCAGGCACGAGGGCACGGAUAAUAUGGAGUUCUCUGACCUCUUCCAGGAUAUGACGUGGCUCGGUGUCGUUGGUAUCCAGGACCCUGUCCGGAAGGGUGUCCCCGCGGCGGUGAGGGACUGCCACACGGCGUCGGUUUCGGUCAAGAUGGUCACGGGCGAUAACGUGGAGACGGCCAAGGCCAUCGCUCGCGAGUGCGGCAUCUUGACGGAGAACGGGCUUGUCAUGGAGGGCGUCGAGUUCCGUCGACUUUCCGAGGCGGAGAGGGCUAGCAUGGUCAGGGAUCUUCAAGUGCUCGCACGAUCCAGUCCCGAGGACAAGAAGAUCCUCGUCAAGGCACUGAGGGCACUGGGAGACGUCGUCGCAGCCACGGGUGACGGAACGAACGACGCGCCGGCCCUCAAGGCAGCCGACGUGGGGUUCUCUAUGGGCAUCACGGGCACCGAAGUGGCCAAGGAGGCAUCCGAUAUUAUCCUCAUGGACGAUAACUUUUCGUCGAUUGUGGGUGCGCUGGCGUGGGGUCGGGCGAUCAACGACGCGGUCAAGAAAUUUCUUCAGUUCCAGAUUACGGUGAACAUCACGGCCGUUAUCCUCACGUUCGUGUCUGCGGUGGCGGACGAAGGCGAGCAGUCGGUUCUGUCGGCGAUCCAGCUUCUCUGGGUUAACCUCAUCAUGGACACGUUCGCGGCGCUCGCACUGGCGACGGAUCCGCCGACAGAGUCCCAACUGAAGCGGAAGCCCGAUCCUAAAACGGCGCCGCUGAUUACACUUACGAUGUGGAAGAUGAUUAUCGGACAGUCGAUCUACCAGCUCAUCGGGUGCUUCGUGCUCCACUUUGCGGGGCCAUCGUUCCUCCCCUACCCGCGCGACCAGAUGAAGUCGCUCGUGUUCAACACGUUCGUAUUCAUGCAGAUCUUUAAGCUAUUCAACAGCAGGCGCAUCGACAACAAGCUCAACAUUUUCGAGGGUCUAUCGCGGAACCGGCUGUUCAUGCUGAUGCUGGCCAUCAUGAUUGCCGGGCAGGUGCUCAUCAUCUUCGUGGGCGGGGCGGCGUUCGUGGUGGUGCGGCUCAACGGUCCGCAAUGGGGCAUCUCCCUGGUGCUCGGGUCCCUCUCGAUUCCCGUGGGCGUUCUCAUCCGGCUGUUUCCCGACUCGAUCAUCCGGUCCUGCACGCAGUUCGUGGUCCGACACACGCCGCGCAUCCCGGUGCCCAAGUUUUUGAAGCGCAAGAAGAGCGCCGAGCAAGUGGAGGCGCAGAACGGCGUGGGGACGGCGUUCAUGACGCUCCGCAACGACCUCGCGUUCCUGAAGCGCGUGCGCGGCGGACGCAUCCACCUGAUCAGCGAGGCCAUCGCGCGGCCGGUGGAGACGGUGCGGCGCGCACGGAGCAGCAGCCGGGCGGGAGGGUCGGGAUCGGAAGACGAGCGGUCGUCCAUGUCGCCGAUUCGGUCGGCGAUGGGCUCGGCGAUGGGCAUGCCUGGACUUUUGGCGGCCAGCAUCGGAGGCCUGUCGCCGAUGGAGCGGCAAAACUCGGCGACGAGCGUCGAAAGCAGGGGGCAGGAGCAGCAACCAAAACAGCAAGUGUGA